CUUCAGAUGAAGAAGUUCAAAGAUAGAUUCACUGGACGCCUCCUCUUCGUCCCUCAAAGCUAAGCCAAGCUAAAAGAUGUCCAGCUCGGUACAUUGAUACACCGAGCAAACUAUCCAUCCGUUACCGGCGUCAAUCACGCACAUGGAUUUACAGUUGGAAGCCUUCCACAUAUACCAGCCUCCUAACAACAAAUUUCAUCCUCCAAAAUGGCAUCCACUCCACAAGGCCCCCGCCGUAUCGGCCAAUAUCUCUACCUCAAGCCCUCCUGCAUCGACGCCUACAAAAAAUGCCACGCAGCCGUCUGGCCCGAAGUCCUCGAGCAAAUCAAGGACUCCAACAUAAAAGACUACUCCAUAUAUCUCUCCCUAACGCCUCGUCCGAUGCUGUUUGCCAGCUUCAAAUAUGUGGGGAAUGCGUGGGAUGAGGAUAUGAAGCGCAUGGCGGCGAACCCGAAGGUGCAGCAGUGGUGGGAAAUGACGGAUGGGAUGCAGGAGAGCCCUGUGGAGGGGGCGGUGGGGAGUAAGAGCGGGCCGGGGUGGUGGGGGCAGACGGAGGAGGUGUUUUAUUUGGAGUAG